AUCUCCACGACCUACCCGUGCUGAGGCAACCGAUGUGGCUAAUGCUGUCUUGGAUGGUACUGACUGCGUUAUGCUUAGUGGGGAGAGUGCAGCUGGGGCUUAUCCUGAGCUGGCGGUAAAAAUCAUGUCAAAAAUCUGUAUCGAGGCAGAGUCUUCACUUGACUAUGGGGCUAUCUUCAAGGAAAUGAUCAGGUGUACUCCUCUUCCAAUGAGUCCACUAGAGAGUCUAGCGUCAUCCGCUGUCCGCACAGCCAACAAGGCUCAUGCAAAACUCAUUGUUGUCUUGACACGUGGCGGGACUACGGCAAAGCUGGUUGCCAAGUAUAGGCCUGCUGUUCCUAUUCUAUCUGUCGUUGUGCCUGUCUUGACCACAGAUUCUUUUGAUUGGUCCAUCAGCGAUGAGACCCCGGCUAGGCAUAGUUUGGUAUACAGGGGCUUGAUACCGAUUCUUGCCGAAGGUUCUGCAAAGGCCACUGACUCCGAAUCAACUGAGGUGAUUCUGGAAGCUUCCCUGAAAUCAGCCGUAGCGAAAGGGCUGUGCAAACCUGGUGAUGCUGUUGUGGCACUUCAUCGUAUUGGUGCUGCAUCCGUUAUCAAGAUUUGCCUCGUCAAGUAAUCUUUGUGUCAAAACUUUCCAAUUUAGAAGAUGGAUUUGCAUUCUGCUUUCUGGUCAUGAUAGUGCUGUGAUAUGCUAAUUUCUAGUAUCAUUUAAUGACAACUUAUUGAUUUCUAUAUUUCAUGUUUAUUCUAUAUCUGCCUCAAACACUGGAUUAAAAUAAGUAUCUUUUUCUGCAGCAAUACUUUUGUUGUGUAAGGGGAAAAGGAUAUAAAGGCAGUUCCUUUAAACUCUCUUGAUGGAUUUCGAAUGUAGUACACUGGAGAGAAUUCUGUAGGCAACUGAUUUGUCAUGUUCCUAUACUUCUUUCGUUUUGAAUAUCAGUGAAAAUAGCUACAGCAUUUUCUA